AUGGCUGUGCUCACCCCAUUUCGACACCGUGAACAAAUAUCUGAUCAGGCUAUGGAAGGGCUGAACCAGCUGAUCGCCUCUCCGCUCUAUAAUGAGAUAUUGUCGAGAGAGAAGCGGCCAGAAUUACCUGUCAACCAUGCAUUCCUUGUUGCCAACUCGGAGCGAAUCCUCCGCCGUGACUACAUGCCGACCGAGUCCGAUCUGCUCUACAUGUACGCAGCCACAUGCGGAGCUGAUCAGCACAUUUUGCGGAUGCACAAUUCAAUUUUUGAUGUAACCGAACUGCCCGGCCACCACAUUUUCCGACGAAAAUGGCCGGACUUCUUCAAAAACACGCACACCGUCAUCUUCUGCGUCGACCUGGCCGAGCUCUGCCAGCCAGCCUUCUACUCCGGGCACUUGAAAGACAAGACGCUGUCCAUCUUCAAGGCGUUGCUCAACAACGAGCUCCUCAGGAAGACAUCUUUUAUUAUGCUAUUUAAUAAAAAAGACCUCUUCGACGAGCUGAGUCAAGGCUACAAUUUUGAGCAAUUGGCACCGCAGAUGCGAAGCGGGCAAGAAGCUCUCUCUUUCUACCGAAACCUCUUUCUCCAUUUAUCUCCCGUGAAGAAGAUCUUCAACCACGUGAUAUCCCUAACAAAAGCGCCCAACCUCGGCCCGACCGUAAUCGAAUCCCUCACCCAAAUCAUCCGCAGCAACAAAGAAAACGUACAGCCGUAC